AUGGCAAACCCUACGAAGAGCGACGCUCUCAGGCCUCGUCCCAUCUGGGAGCCCACUAUCCCUCAAGACCAAAUACCCAUGAACAUCUAUCGUGCGCAUAUCAACAAGAAAUUCAACCAGCAGCUUCGAUCCUCUCAUGAUCUGCAUCAAUGGUCCGUUGAGAAUUUACAAGAUUUCUGGACAGACCUCCAUGGCUAUACGGGAAUUAUUCCACCAUUGCCUCCGACAGUAACAUCCGCAUUUGAUCCUAGCACGCCAAUGGAUAAGGUGCCCAAAUUCUUCCGCGGAGCAACUGUCAACUAUGCGGAGAAUGUUAUGUCUGGUCGGGACUUGAACAAGACAGCUCUUGUUGGAGUUCGAGAGGGCCAGGAUCUAGGUGGGGAGGUGUGGACAUGGGGAUUGUUGAGGGAGAAUGUCAGAAAGGCAAGGAGUGCUUUGCUUCAGCUCGGUGUUAAAGAAGGGGAUCGAGUUGCUGCUAUCAUCUCAAACAGCGUCUGGUCGGUCGGUAUGUUCCUGGCAACUGUGAGCAUCGGCGCGAUUUGGACUAGUAUUGCGCCGGAUUUGGGUGAAGAGGGCUGUGUGUCACGGUUACAACAAGUCACUCCGCGAAUUCUCUUUGCAGAUGCCGAGUCCACAUGCAAGGGGAAAAUGCGAUCGAAUGUUGUUAAGAUCCAGAGUAUCGUGAAGGCAAUGCAUUCAAAGCCACAGGUGUUUUUGAUUCCUAUCACCGGCGCCCAUGAGCCGAAAUUCCCCGGUCUGGAUCAUUUCUUGUCAAUGUCACGGCGUGAGGACGAGAUAGAGUUCAAAAGAGUCUCCUUCUCUCAUCCACUCUAUAUCUUGUACACCAGCGGUACCACCGGUCAGCCAAAGUGCCUAGUGCACAGCCACAGCGUUAUUUUGCAACACAAGAAGACAUCUGUACUGCACAACUCUUUGACUUCCGAGGAUGUUGUUUUCCAGUACAGCAGUACCUCAUGGGUCUUGUGGAAUGUCAUGGUCGGUCACCUCUCCGUGGGUCCGACUCUGAUUCUGUACGACGGAUCUCCAUUGUGGCCCAGUGCCAAAGGACUGGCAAAAGUCGCGGAGUAUCAUAAAGUCUCUUACUGGGGAUGCUCUCCUCGCUAUCUCCAGGAGCUCGAGAUGACCGGCUGCAUCCCCAAGAACGAGUUCAACCUAUCGUCCCUCAGAAUGGUGCAGACGGGUGGCUCUCAUCUAGGCGAAGACCAAUACCACUGGUUCUACCGCACAUUCCCUUCGAGUGUUCAUCUCACCAGUGUAACAGGCGCAACAGACUUGGCGACUUCUUGGAUUGGGACGGACCCUGCAGGUCCACUAUAUCCUGGAGAGAUCCAGCUCCCUAUGCUUGGACACGACUUGGACAUUGCGGAUCCUGUCACGGGUGAUUCCAUCAAGACCACUGGGAGACAUGGCGAGUUUGUCUGUCGCAAACCAUUCCCAUCAAUGCCAGUAUUUUUCUGGGGCGAUGAAGAUGGAUCGAAAUACAAGAGCGCGUAUUUCGAGAAAUUUGAAAAUUGUUGGGCUCAACACGAUUGGGCGAGUUAUAACCCACAAACGAAAGGUUGGCAGAUUCAUGGAAGGAGCGAUGGCGUCCUGAAUCCACAGGGUAUUCGUUUUGGGUCGUCCGACAUAUACUCAAUCACCGAAUCGGCUCCUUUCAACUCGGUCAUCUCAACCACUUUCUGUGUCGGACGUCGACGACCCCAUGACUCUGAUGAAGUUGUAUUUUUGUUUGUCGUCAUGCAGUCUGGGAAGCCGUUCACGGGCAAACUUGCGGUGGAGCUCAAGGAUGCAAUUCGCAAAGGCUUGAGCAGUAAGUAUGUCCCUCGCUUCGUGAUCGGAGUCAAAGAAGUUCCUAUGACGGUGAACGGUAAAAAGGUCGAGACAUUGGUAAAGCAGGUCAUUUCGUCUGGUCAGAUUCCCAAGACUAUCAGCAGCACCGUUGCGAAUCCUGGGUCUCUGGAUCACUUCAGGCAGUAUUAUGGUCUUGAUGUCCAAAAGGACAAUAGAGGUAAGCUAUAG